CCGAACGCCCACAGGGUAACAACAUCUUUGAACUUUAGGCCAUGAUGUCGAACAAAAUAUCGCCAAUAAAGCUUAUGAUAUUUGCGAAUUUUUGUGGCCAUGAACAGCAUACUGUGCUCAUUAUCAGCAAUGUCAUACGUUGUGACCCAGAUGCCUUGUGUAGGAUCUUCAUUACCAUUCAACAAUGGGAAGACGUGUUCUUCUGCGUCACAUUUCUUCACCUCUAAUGAGAACAUCGCAUCAGAUUUUGUCAAGUGUCUCUCAAAAGGCUUGCUGCAUAUUUGAAUCAAGUGUUGGAUGCUUGGGACUGGUGGGAGAUCAGGAGGGACAUACUUGUGAAAUCCAUUGUAUGAACCUAAUUCUAGUUUUAGCUGUUCUUGUGUUGCAAUGGCUUGUUGGGCUCGUGGAGCUGCAUGUUCUUGAAAUUGAAUUGAGCGUUGGACACUCGGGAUUGGUGGGAAAUCACGAGGCAUUCCAAUUCCAUGGAAAGAUCCUAGUUCUAGUUGUUGUGGUAGUUGAGGCAUGCCUUGUGCUGCAAAAAUGGCUUCUUGGGCUUGCAGGGCAUAUGUGGCUGCAGGUUCUUGAAAUUGAAUUGAGGGUUGGAAGCUUGGGAAUGGUAGGAUAUAACGAUGAGGGACAGAGUUGUGAAUUCCAUAGUAUGAACAUAGCGCAAUGGCUUCUUGGGCUUGCAGGACAUGUGGAGAACAAGGUUCUUGAAAUGGAAUGAAGUGAUGAGGAGGCACAUAGUUUCCACAGAACCAACCUAGUCCUAGUUCCUGUAGUAGUAUAGGCAUGCCUUGUGCUGCAAUGGCUUCUUGGGCAUGCAGGGCAGCAGGUUCUUGAAGGCUCGGGACUAGCGGGACAGCAUAGUUUCCAUACAAGUAGGAACCUUGUUCUGGUUGUGGUUGUUCUUGCUCUUCUUGUGUUGCAGCAAUGGCUUCUGUGCCUAGUAAGAAUGCUUCAAAUUCUUGGAUUUUCAAUGCUAGUUGCUCAUUUUCUUCUGCAUGCCCAUCUUCUUCCAACUCAUCAUCAGAAUCCAAAAGCACGUGCUCUAUGUAAGAAAGAGCUUUAGCCAUGUGUUCAUCAUCAUGAUCAUUAGCCAUGCCUGGCCUGGAGCUGUUUCCUGAAGCCACUUUUAUGGUUUCUUGUUUCAUGAUCUUUCUCACAAGAGGAAGUCUUCUUGGGAGAUUUUUUUGAAGAAAUGGGAAAUGGGAAAUGUGAAACGGGAAGUGCUUUUUGCUUCUCC